CUGCUCGUGCACGUGUUCAGGCUUCUGUGUCUUACUGCCUGAUGGAAGAGUUGUAGGAGGUCAAUAUUAAAGUGUGAUGUGUCUUUGAUGAUUUUGGCUGUCUUUCCGCGGUAACGAGCUAUGUAAAUAGAGUCCAUGGAUUGAAGCUUCUGUGAUGGUCUGGGCUGUGCACACCACCUUCUGUAGUUUCUUACGGUCCUGGGCCACAUCUGGCCAUUGUGCACCAGGACAGCAUGGUGUGUCUGCAGAAGUUGGUGAGGGACCUGAUAGACAUGCCAAAUUUCCUGAGCCGCCUGAGGAAGAAGAGGCAUUGUUGUGCCUUCUCGACUGUCACAUUUACAUGGGAAGUCCAGGACAAGUCGUCAGUUAUCGUCACUCUGAGGAACUUGACGUUCUUCACUCUCUCAACCACAGUUCCGCUAAUGUAGAUGGGGCAUGUUCUUCUUCUUUCUUUAUGAAGUCGAUGAUGUUUUUAUUAUGCUAAGCACAUUAUAUAUGAAUGCAACUUGUUGCUGAUUCAAACACAAAUGGGUUCUUUUUAUCUGUUUUCACAGGUGGGUCUACCUGUUGUAUAGAAUAGAAUAGCAAUCUAUUGUCACUUGCAUUUAUGAAUAUACAGUAAGAUGUGUAUAAAUCACCACAAUUCAGCGUCAUUUUAAUUACAGAGAUCAUAAAAAGACAUAAUUGAGACAAAGUUAGGACAAAGUUCUUGUUUUGUUUCCCCACGGCAAUCUAAUGUAUGGAAUGGCUAUGAGAUGCUGCUGCUGAAGCCGCUCCUGAUGACGCCAAAGCAAGAAUUUCUGGACCAGAGCUACCACACUGCCAUCACCAAAGUUAACACCGAAGCUACUGCAAUGUCACCAUAGCAAGGAGGGACAAACCGGACCAAGUCACUGACGCUGAAGCCGUCACCACUUCAGGCGCUGUCUGAAGUCGCCACAUUGCCACCAUAGCCACGAGGAGUGAACUAGAACCACCGUGCUGCCACCGCUGAAACCACCUCACCACCAGGAGGAACAGACCGGACCCACCAGGUGAAGUCUUUGAUAAAGCCACUAUGGCAAUGAGGAAUGGACCUCCAGAUCCACUAUGCUGCUGCAGCAGGCCCUCACAAUGCCUUCCUCCACCACGGCUGCAGGUAAGAACAAAAGAGAAAUGAAGAAACAAAAGAAAAGAACGAAGAAGUAUGCGGCCAGCCCAGGUACCCGGGAGUGUAUGGGCAAAGAGCUAACCACUUCCUAUCCUGUCACACUGCCACCACCUUUAAGUUAACUACUUACCAUUUAUAUCUAAAUGAUGUAACCUUGGAUAACCUGAGCCCAAUUGCCAGUGGGGAAUUGUUAAUAUUUUGGUCUGACCAGAAUCUGACACCAAGGAAUGAACAUAACUAAUAUGAAAAAAAGAAGACUGGUUGAAUUGUUCUAACAUGGAAUAUGGAUUUGAAAUUCAAGACUCGGGUAGACUAGAAAGAGUUUUGCUGUGCCAUUGAUAUUCUUUAUAUGAUUUGUGGAUGCUUGAUAUUUGAAGUCAAAAAGACCCUAUAUAGUGUUGAUACCCCCUGUUUUAAGUGUAAAAAUUCAUUUUUAAAAAAGGAACUGAUAAAUAGAAAUGGUGUAGAGAAAUUCCACCUCCAUAUUCCAACCUAUCUCUACUUCGACAUAUAACUGCUAAUCACUGGUAUUAUUAUUAAGUUAUAAACAGCUGAAAUAGCAUAAAUUGUAUUAUGUUCCCUGAAGACCUGAAUAACACUUGUUUCUUAAAUUGCGGCCAACUAAAUUCAGCCUACAUUUCCCGGAAAGCUCUUUUGUGAUGGGUGGAGGAAGUCAAAGCCAAGAGAAGAGAAGCCUGUGAGUACUCAGUGGAGCGUUAGAAAAAUAAGCCUCCUAGUAAAGAGACCACCUGUUCAAACGCUCAAUAGUGACAGCCCAGCAACACAGGAGGAAGACUUUUCAAGCAAAGAACAAACAUAAGAUGGAGUUCAAUAUUCAAAAUACCGAGGAGACCAGUGCACUUGCGGAAGUUGAGAGCAACAAAUUCAAGACAACUGGGGACAUUGCAUUCUACAGGCGUCAGAAGAGGUUGUUGCCAGGAAAUUCUCCAUAUCAUGCCUUGCUGGAUACUCUCAAACUGUCAAGCUGCAAAGCCACACUACAGCUGCUUAAUGAAGAGAAUAAGGUUUCACUCCUUUUGGAGGUCUUUGCCCUUGAGAAUCAUGUAAUCAGGAUAAAAGUGAACGAAUUGAAGCCGAUGAAGCCGAGAUAUGAAGUGCCUGAUGUUAUUGUUAGCGAACCAGUCACACAAAGAUUGACUGUAGUGUCUAAGGAUGGGCUUUCUUUCACACUGGCUGCAGCUGAUGGAUGCACUCAGGUACUGGUUAUAGCAAAGCCAUUUCGAAUGGAAAUUCAGAAUCAUGGUGAAGUGUCCAUGUGUGUCAACUCCCUUGGGUAUUUAUACUUUGAACAUCUGCGUAAGAAGUCACAAUCUGAAGGAAACACAAGAGAAAGCAGACAGGAGAGCAAAAGGAAAUGUGACGUGGAGACGGAGAAGGAAAGUGAAGAAGAUCUAGGCUUGUGGAAGGAACAAUUUCAUGAAUUCAUAGACAUCAAAGUCGAUGGCCCAACAUCUGUUGGCUUGGAUUUCUCCCUGCCUGGUUUCGAGUACAUUUUUGGAAUUCCAGAGCACACUGAGAACCUACGGCUGAAAACUACAGGUCAAGAAGAUCCCUACAGGUUGUAUAACCUGGAUGUAUUUGCGUGUAAACUCCACAGUCGAAUGGGCAUGUAUGGCUCUGUGCCUCUCCUCCUUGCACAUAAACAAAACCAAACCAUGGGGAUUUUCUGGCUAAAUGCUUCUGAGACAUUGGUGGAUAUCAGCCUGAAUACAGAGUGUAAGACUUCAUUGAGCAAGACAAAAAAAUUAAAGACUGAUGAUGAUGUGUUACUGAGGACAGAUGUACGGUGGAUGUCCGAGAGUGGAAUAAUUGAUGCGUUUAUUUUGAUGGGUCCCAGUGCUUUUGAUGUUUUCAAUCAGUACUCAAGGCUGACAGGUCUUCAGGCAUUUCCUCCUCUAUUUGCAUUGGGUCACCACCAGUGCCGCUACAGCUACAAGGAUGAAAAUGAUGUUAAACAAGUAGAUGCUGGCUUUGACAUGAAUGACAUUCCUAAUGAUGUCAUAUGGCUUGACAUUGACCACACUGAGGGGAAACGUUAUUUUACCUGGGACAGGACAAAAUUUUCUAGACCUCGAGAAAUGCAAGAGUACCUACGAGCUAAAGAUCGGAAGUUAGUUGUUAUCAUUGAUCCUCACGUCAAAGUAGACAAGAAGUACCCAUUCUACUGUGAAGCCAAAUCCAAGAAGUACUUUGUCAUGGAUAAAGAUGGUGAGGAGUACCAGGGCUCCUGUUGGCCAGGUGUGUCAGCCUAUUUAGAUUUCACGAAUCCCAUAGUCCGUAACUGGUAUGCCAACAAGCAUGGAUUAGACCAGUACAAGGAUUCCACAGAUAUUCUUUUUGUCUGGAAUGACAUGAAUGAGCCUUCUGUAUUUAGUGGACCGGAACUCACCAUGCACAAGAAUGCAGUGCACACUGGUGGAUGGGAGCAUCGAGAGAUGCACAACCUGUAUGGUUUUUAUCAGCAAUGGGCAACAGCCGAAGGUCUGAUUCGUCGAUCUGGAGGAAUGGAGAGGCCAUUUGUCUUGACUCGUUCCUUCUUUGCUGGAUCACAGAGAUAUGGAGCUGUAUGGACAGGAGACAAUGUAGCUGAAUGGAGUUACCUUAAAAUCUCAAUCCCGAUGCUACUUAAUCUCAGUAUAACUGGAAUCUCCUUCUGUGGAGCUGACAUAGGUGGAUUUGCACAGAAUCCUGAGCCAGAACUCCUUGUUCGCUGGUACCAGGCUGCUGCAUACCAGCCUUUCUUCAGGAACCAUUCCAACACAGAAACAAAGCGACGAGAGCCUUGGUUGUUCGGAGAGGAUAACACUAGGAUUAUCCGGGAAACAAUUCGAGAACGAUAUGCCUUGUUGCCAUUCUGGUACACUCUCUUCUACAUGGCCCAUACCAAAGCAGAGCCAGUAAUCAGACCUUUAUGGGUGAAUUUUCCUGAGGAGGUCAACACAUUUGCAGUUGAUGAUGAAUACAUGAUAGGAGAAGCCUUGCUGGUGCAUCCAGUGACUGACGCUGGAGUCACAGAAGUGAAUGUGUUACUUCCUGGGAAAGGGGAGCUAUGGUACUGUCUCAGAACAUUACAACGGUUUGGUGGUGAGCAGAUUCUGCAUGUUUCUGUAACUCUCGAUAGUAACUCAGCCACAGGCAAGUUGUUUCUUGAUGAUGGGCACUCGUUCAACUAUAAGAACAAGAAUCAAUUCUUACUCAGGAAAUUCAGCUUCAAGGACAAUACAUUUUCAUCAGUGUGUGCUGAUGAGAAGGGACGGUACUGCACUGAGUGUGUGGUGGAGAGGAUCCUUGUUAUGGGAGCUGCAAGUCCUACAUGUGUGAUGGCAUGGCAUCCAGAUGGACAAGAGAGCACAGUGCAUUUCUCCUAUAAUGCGGGCAAGUCCUCUUUAAACAUUGAAGGUCUGCGUCUUAAUUUAGGGUGUGACUGGACGCUGAAGUUUCAUUACUGAUGGGCAGACAUUGAGCUAUCUGUAUCAAAGUAGAAGCGUUCUUCAUUUGAAUUCAUGGUCAACUGCUGUUCUGGUGUCAGUUCUAUGGGGAGAUGAUGGAAUGUCACUGGACUAGUCAUCCAAAGACCCAGUCAAAUGCUCUGGAGUUAAAAUCCCAUCAGGUCAGUUGAAUUCAAUUAAUAAAUCUGGAAUAUAAAGCUAGACCCAGAAGUGAUGACCAUGACAACUCGUUAAUUGUUGUAAAGCCCCAUGGUUCAUUGAUAUCCUCAAGGGAAGGUUAUCUGCCAUUCUUACCUGGUCUGGUCUAUAUGUGACUCCAGACCACCGCAAUGUGGUGAUUCUUCGCUAAACUGUCAAUGAGUGGAGAGGCAAUUAGGAAACAGCAAUAAAUGCUGACCUUGUCAGUGACACCCAUAGCCCUUCAACAGAUUAAAUUUGUGCCAAAAAUCCAAUCUUUUGUUGGAUAUUUUAAAGCCCUGUGACUUUCUAAUUGCUAUUACAUGAAUACCUCUUAUUUUUUUCCCUGUGUUAAGCUAAUUGACAUAAUCUAACUGAAGUAUAAACAGUUAUACAUAUUUAAGCAUAAGGCAACCUAACUCUCAGAUUUUCAAUCUCUUAGAGGACAGUUAGUGAAACAUGGAGCAGGUACUUUCCAGAUUUGAUCCGCAGUGUGUGAUCUUGACCAAGACAGUAGAGCUAGUACAAACUACAGGGCAGUGACUCCUACAGAGAUGUGCAUAUUUGUAGAUCUCAUGUCAGAAUAAAAUUGGACUGAGCUGUGCUGCUUUUUUUCAGUUUGAGAAGCCUGUUGAUCUCUGUUUCUAGGUUGACACAUUGAAUGGCUAAUUGAAUUAGAGCUGGCUUAGACAUUAACCUAUGCUUUUGGGAAUUGUAGCCACAGAUGAGUCAUACCCUUUAAAGUAAGGAAAUAAAGUUGAUUCUGUGUUCACCAAUAGGAUUGUAAAGCAUGUUUACUAGAAAUGUGACCACUUUUGGUGGCAUGAGGCCCACAGCUGUAUUAGAGGUUUAUUGUAAAAUGUGCCAUACUAAUCAGAAAAUAAACUGAUUGACAGUGUAAGGUCAAAUGUUUAAAAAAAAAAGAAAUUUCUUGUAACACAAUAGGUCACAGCUUACUUAAGCUGGUUUGAUGAAAGCUCACAGACCUGAACCAUUAACUCUGUUUCCCUGUCCAUGAAUAUUUCUUAUCUUGUUAAGUACUGUAUUUCCAGUGUUUUCUGUUUGUAUAACUUAAGCUGGAUUGUGUAAUUUGAUGCCAGUUUCUGCAGGGAGACAUCUUCUUCCAUGUCAGACCAGCAGCAGACUUUGGACUCCUAUAACUCACAUUGGAAGGACAAACAUCCACCAUCACAGGCCCCCACAUUGUCAUUUAAUCUGCAGAUCUUCGACCUGAUCCGUUGGUUGUGGAAUAGCUUAGCCCUUGUCUAUCACUUGCUGCUUGUGCUGUUUGGCAUGAAAGUAGUCUGCUUUGUGGCUUCACCAACUGCUCAUUUUUAGGUAUGCCUUGUGCUGCUCCUGGCGUGUCCUGCGCUCUCCAUUGAACCAGGGUGACCCCUCUAAUGAUAGAAUCAGGAAUAUGCCAGGUCAUUGGCGGGUUGUGUUGCAGUAUGAUUCUGCUGCUCUGUGUCUUCGGUUGCUGUAUCUUUUCAAAGUCUGUUUCGUUACACAACACAAUGUAAGGUAUUAUUGCUGUGAAGAUAGGACUUCACCUUUACAAGGACUGUGCGGAAGUCACUUUUGCUGAGCAGGAAGUGCACCAGCUGCUAUAUGGCAAAUUAAGGGUGAUUAAAAACCACAAAUGUUCCUGCACCACUCAGAAGAUUUAUAUUGCUACAAAUGUUCAGAUUCUUUUGCAAAAUUUCUAUUAUAAAUUGUUGCAUUUGUCUCUCAGUCACCAAGAAUUGUUAAUAAAAUAAACUGUUGUCUGAUGAA